CUUGUGGUAGCUACACGGCACAUACAGUAUGUAGGCAGUGUGAAGGAGGAGCAGUAAGCUAGUUCAACAACAGCUGCAACAGUGGUGUAGGGAGCUAGCAGAUUUUUGGGAAGAUGAAGCCUCUGGUAGUUUCCUCACAGCUUGGGAACAGCAGCAAUGACUCUGGAUCUUGCAUUGGGGAGUCCCAGCAUGUGUCCAUCACCAUCCUCAUGUGCCUGGUCUUCUUCUUGGGCCUCCUCCUCAACAUCUUCAGCCUGUGGGUAUUCUGCUGCCGAAUGCCCUGCUGGACCUCAGGAACCACGCUGCAGUUCCACCUGGCCAUCAGCGACACCAUCGCCACCCCGGUCACUCCCAUGAUGGCGGUGUCCUUUGCCAUUGGCAACAACUGGCCCUUUGGUCGGUUCCUGUGCCAAGUGAAGAUUGCCCUGCUUAGUUCGCAUUUCUACGGCAGCACUAUAUUCCUCACUCUCAUCAGCAUCCAUCGGUACACAGCCGUUGUGCACUUCAACAGAAACUCCUGCAUGAAACAGAAGCAGUUUGUCAGGAAGCUGUGUGCAGUAGUUUGGUCUCUGCUGCUGAUCCAGUCGCUGAUCUAUGCUGCCAUGCUUCCUCCAACUGAAGAGGGCAGUCAGCAUCAAUGCCUCAGCAUCCAUCAGAAGAACCUGACAAACACCUACUUUGUCAUUAACUUCAUUCUGUUCAUUUUUGGGUUCCUUCUCCCUUUCCUCGUGUCAGCUGUCUGCUAUGGCCGCCUGGCGAACACUCUGACUCGGCUGAACAUUAGCUCAGCUAAAGGUCUGAAAGUCAAGCUGAAGUCUCAGAGGAUGAUCGGCGUCUGUCUGCUCAUAUUUGGGUUGUGCUUCCUGCCAAUGAACAUGGUACGAACUGUGGGAGUGAUAAUAAAGAAAUACUACCCACAACAAUGCCAUCUUCUUCUGCAGACUGAGACAGCGUACUACGUAUCUUGGAUCUUAGCAGGAGUUAACAGCUGCCUCGACCCGCUGUUGUACUGUUUUGGUUCGCAAAAUUUCCGAGAUGCGUUUAAUUCAUUCAGGAUCAGGCAGCAUGACAGUCCAAACAGAAGUGACUCAGAAAUGACUGCAAAUCAGUCACGCUGAGUCACCGACUAUGAACAGUGUUUUCGGAGGCCCAGGAUUCUCUGCUUGUGGAUGGACAAUGAUUGUGACAGUGGACUCUCCUUUAAAAUGAUCCAGGUCUGAUCGAUAAGAUUUCGCUGUAGGUUUUACAAACUGACACCCUCAAUUCAGUGCAUUCUCCUUAUUUCUAUAGUCUAUGAAGAACACCCUAGGGUAAGAAUAUACUGUAUGUCUUUUGUAGAAAGUACUUCUUUGUCAUAGAGUUUGGCUCAGGCCUACAACUAGUACCUGAAAACGGCGCUCACCCGCAAAAAAUGUUGAAAAUACACUGUUGUUUUGUUGUUUGGUAAAUAUUAAGCUACAGUCACCAACCAGCACCUCUAAAGCUCAUUAAAUAACAUGCUACAAUGGUACAAACACAGGUGAACAAGAACCCUCUGUUUAGCUAAGUGCUUUGGGUCACUUUAGGCUAACUGGCUACUAGCUGUAGCUUUUUUUCUGUCCAGAUUCAAGAGAUAUUAAGUAAAGUAAAAGUAAAAUUUGCCAAACAUUGAAUUUUAGACCAGAACCUUGAUGAAAAUACUUUAGUACUGAACAUUUGGGACAACAGCCAAAUGUGUCACCCGCCCAACUUUAGACCAGAAGCUCUAUUUCUGCUUUAAUUCAUCCUCCGAUGGUGGCUAGCUUGAUAAGCUAAUGCAACUUCAUACUGGCCCUUGCUUUGCCUUGCAGCAUGACACACACACAGAUUCAGUGUUUGCCACAAUCAGAGAAUAAGAGAGAAAUUUCAUAAGAAAAUAUCUGAACCUGAACCGGAAGUCUGACACAAACACAUCGUCCUGAACCUGACACAAAGCCAGUACUCUGUCAGGAUCCUUCUGGUUGGGGUGUGGAGCACAAUUUCUUAUUGUUUGCUUUUAACAUCAAGUAGCUGAAGGCCAGUCUGCUGUUACCCUGUUUUUACUGUCAUUACCUGUGGAUUUCACCUUCAACUGACUCAAAUUUUAGGCAAUACUAUGAUAUCAGAAUUCUAAUUUUAAAAUGUUGUCCAAGAUGCAUCAGCCACCGUUGUAAGGUGGCAUUAAUUUACCCAUAGCUAUCGUCUGCAUGAUAUAACUGUGGAUAGGAUGCUGCACUGAACACAAGGACAAUAUACACUGACAUUACAAUACUGACUUUAUAAGUGGUUUAACAGAGCUCAUACCAUCCAUGAAGCUCAGAAAAUUCAUAACUUGAUCUGUGUGUAUGGACCGAUUAUAAAAACAAUUGUCCCCUGGGCAUUGGUGCCUGAAAGCCCCCCUCAUACCCAGCCACUCUGUGGCAUGAUGGGAUCUGUGACUUCUACAUUCCUGCCCCAUCACAUCCACAUUAGCAGCCUUCUCCACAGACACAGAAUGUUUGUGGAUACUACAAAAAACUGAUCAAAAAGCAUCAAAGAAAACCUGUGAUGAAGGCUACAUUUUCAGGUAUUUGUUGGUCCAACCUAUUUACCUGCUUUGCUAAUGUUGAUUUAGGCUUGUGGUCAUUGAGUGUG